AGCUGAAAGAGUAACGGGAAUGGCGACCAAGAAGCUGGCGCGGCAGCUUGGAUUAAUUAGGAGAAAGUCGUUCUCAACAGCAAAUGGAAAUCUUGGAAGAAGCAAAUUCAAACAGUUGUUCGACUAUUUAAUUGUCAUCGAUUUUGAGUCUACUUGCUGGAAUGAUGGGAGGCGCCACCAGAGCCAGGAAAUAAUUGAAUUUCCAGCGGUAUUGCUGAACACGUCCAGUGGAGAGAUUGAAUCUGAGUUCCAUGCUUAUGUUCAACCUCAGGAGCAUCCAAUUCUUUCCGAAUUUUGCAUGGAACUCACAGGUAUAAAGCAGGUGCAAGUUGAUGAAGGGAUCCCUCUGAAGAUUUGCUUAUCACAGUUCUGUAAAUGGAUUCACAAGAUUCAGCAACAGAAGGAAUUUGUUUUUGCUACUGAGGUCUUGAAUCCUUCCAGUUCCAAAGUAAAAUUAUGUACCUUUCUUACUUGGUCAGACUGGGACUUGGGAGUUUGCCUAGAGUAUGAGUGUAAAAGAAAACAGCUGUUAAAACCUGUCUUCUUAAAUUCUUGGAUUGAUCUCAGAGCCACUUACAAGUUUUUCUAUAGGAGAAAACCAAAGGGACUAAGUGGUGCCUUGCAGGAGGUGGGACUAGAAUUCUCAGGACGAGAGCACUCUGGGUUGGAUGAUUCUCGAAAUACUGCCCAUCUUGCUUGGAAAAUGAUCAGGGAUGGUUGCUUGAUGAAAACUACGAGAUCCUUGAAUAAGGUACUCUCUAAGAGGAAUCCCAGCCUUCUUGCCAGAAAUGGGAAUACAAAUCAGGUUGAAGAAACAUCUGACUGCAGCAGUGGGACCUGCAGUACGCAUAUAUCUGAUAAGGAGCCUAAGGGGGAAACAAUUGUUGAUGAAAAAGUUAACAAGGAAUUGGCUUGUGUGAAUUCUUCUGGAAAGAUCCAGCAAGAUGAUUUACAACUCAAGAAAAGCAGUGUAAAAGCAGGCCUUCGCAAUGCCAGAAGUGAUUUCUUUCUUUACAACAGUAAACCCAUCACAUCUCUGGGACAGUUGCAAUCUUCCAGCUUGAAUUUACCUGCUGACUUGCAAAAGAAAAUAAAAAAUGGACACCUUGCAUUUAAUGCCAAAUCUGGCUCUUCCAAAGUCAGCCCAGGAUUGGUGCUUGUUUCUACCACCAUUUCUUCUGUCAAUCGUGUUUCUGAUGUGGAAAUAAGUUCUGCCCUCGACUCUUUACCUAUGUUGGCUGACUGGGAAGAUGUAGCCUUACUACCAGCGUCACAGCCCGAGGAAAAUGCAGACUAUGUACUUCCCAUUAGUAACGCCAACUUAGACACAUCAUUAAAUUAUGCGGAAGGAUUAAUGAUUUUGAAGGAACCUGAACUGCGGGGCCCUGAACAUUUUGGAAGUAGAGAGGAAACUCCUCAAACAACUGAGACCCUUAAGUCUAUUGUUUACAAGAGCCCUCACACCACUAUUUAUAAUGUGAAGAAAGUCCAGGACCCAGUGUCAAGUGUUUCUACCUUUAAGUUGCCUGAACCUAAAUCAAGUACCUGCAAUAGUGUCAAUGCCAGUGUAUCUCUUUCUUCAAUUGUGGGGGGAAAUCAUCACCUUUCAGACAGUACUAAAAGGAAUGCAUCUAGUCCCCCAAUUUUUCCACCAGCCAAAAAACAGAUCUUCAGGAUUUACGAAGAAAGGCAUACAUUUUCUGAUCGCUCCCCAGUGGGAAGUACCACCCGGAAGGUUGUCCCCGCCAUACUGACUUCUGCAGUUAACCUCCAGGAGCCUUGGAAGAGUGGGAAAAUGACGCCUCCUUUAUGCAAGUGUGGCCGAAGGUCCAAGAGACUUGUUGUUUCUAAUAAUGGACCAAAUCAUGGAAAAGUCUUUUAUUGUUGCCCUAUUGGAAAAUACCAAGAGAACAGGAAAGCCUGUGGUUAUUUCAAAUGGGAACAGGCACUUCAGAAGGAGAGAGCCAACAGCAUGGUUGAGCCUCAUUCCCCUGGGGGACUUCCCUUUGCUCCUUCAGAAAUAAGUCACACUUCUGAAAGAAAUGCAAGGUUUUCUACUAACAGUUCUUUGAGACUGAGACCUUCCAUGAGAACUUGA